CGGUGCUCAGUCAGAACAUAAUGGUCGUCGAUUAACUCUGAUGCCAAUAUUCCCUUAAAACAUCUUCGAAAAAUCAAACCUAAUGUUAUUCCGAGAAAAAUAGCCUACUUACCAAGUGAAGAAUGGUACAUGGCUUUGAGCUACCGUCAGAGGCCAUUCUACGUGUGCGGCACCUUCACAACUCAUGCAAUGAAGGCAAAAAGCCGGAUUAUUAUAAGGUGUUAGAUGUGGGUUCAAGGUCUUCGAUCAAGGAUAUCAGAAAGGCAUAUAUGCGUCUCUGUCAGAUACAUCAUCCGGAUAAAGGGGGAUGUGCGACGAAGUUUGCUCAACUUCAAGAAGCUUAUGAGGUGCUCUCCAAAACAUCAUCGAGGUAUGCCUACGAUGCCAGCACACACUCGACAUUCAAAAGUUCUGGACCGCGGAGUACCUCUAGCGAAAAUUCUAAGUUCUAUUAUCGACCAGAAGGAAGGUUCACCUUCGAAAAUCCCUACCGAGACGCCAGAUACAGUCGUCCAAACGAGAGAUUCAAUAGGGAACGCAAAUCGGAUUACGGCUCUAUGAAUUAUUACGGAAUAAAAGGUAUCAGGCGUCAACCGAAUUCUGUCGUGGUCCUCUUGUGCAUUGGGUUAUGUAUGAUAGGAUCUACAUUUCAUUAUAUCACUGUAAAGACGCAUUCACAGCAGAUUCGCAAAGCAUUGUACGAGAGAUCAGCCCGUUCGACCGCUUAUUAUAACGAUAUUAAACAAAAGUCUAGCAAGCUGGAUCGAGAAGGUAAUCUGAAGAGGAUUUUUGGAGAAGACGCCAUGACUUGUCGUGAGCUGAAAGAUGGAAAUGAAAAUUACGAUUAACAUAUUUAAAGCAAAAUUUAUGCGUCUUGUGCUAGUCGUUGUUUCCAUUGAAACUACUUGAACGAAUGUGAUAGAAAAAUAAAGUUGCAAUUCUUCUUUAAAAGGUGUCCUCUAGUUACUAUUUGACGGCGCUGACAUACUGUGUAUCUUUUAUGUCUACCGAUGCGGUGGUUCGGACGGUCAAGCCCCCGAGUGAAAGAGAUGAAGAGUUGCUGCUUUGAGUCCCGGCAACUACACUACAACAUAACCUGCGUAAAUAAAGUUGUCUUCUGUAUCUAGCAACUGGCUUAGGAAUGUCAUAGGCAUUAUUUCCCUGUCCUCAUCGUGUCUGGUAUUUCAUUUAAAAAACUUUUUCGUUCAGUUUACAAUUUAGUGACCCCAUUUUAAAGUUCGGGUGUUGUGCCCUUUAUUCGGAGUAUACGAUAGAUGUCAGCGCUGUUGCAUGUCUUAAUAGCAAUUAAGUUAAAUCGUGCGGAGCCAUUUUACAUUUAGCAUGACAUGAACUAUUUACAUUUCAUUGAAUUAAGAAUUAGUUAGAUGGAAAAAACUUUGUUUAAUGACAAAUAACAUACGUCUUCGGUAAUAUUCAACUACAUUUCGAAAUAUUUUCAAGUUUGCUUCAUUUGGUAUGUUCAAGAGUAGUUAUUCAUUUUGAGUGACUUAUAGAAUAGUUCGUAAAGUAAGUUCAAGCAAAGAUUUUUAUCGUUUGCUGUCGUCUGCGUUCUGCCUAGCUAUGUACACAAAAGGGCGCAGAUGUAUACAGACACUUGUACACGACACCUUAUAUCGAAUAUAUAUUAUUAUUAUCAUUAAUCAUGAAUAAAGGUAAAUCAUAAAUAAUACAUCUUUACUCAUAAUUGCUCUCAUUUUAUACAUGCAACUAAGUUUACGCUCAAAAGGUUUUCUUUCCCCGAUAAAUUGCGUUCAGUCCUCCAUGCUUAUACUCGUAUGACAUAUAUUAUAUCUGUUACUUUAUUUGCUACACCUUUUACAUAGUAACAUUUUACGACUGAGUGGAUAGUCUCUAGGUAUAAAGGUACCCUUGUUCGUCGUACUGCACAAAAUAUUUUUUCUGGUAUGAAAUGAAAUCACGUACCCAACGGCUUAGAGGUGCGUACUACCAACAAUUUUUCUAACAUAGGUUACUCAUAGUAAUCGGUCAUUUUCAAGUGAGUUCAGCAAAUAUUUUCCCAUAUGUAAAGCAGAUGUUUGAAAUGAACACUAUAAUUUUAGUUGUGUAGAUAAAAGAGUAAGAAAAGUCGAAUUGCUUUCUCAUAAAUUUAAGGUAAUCUCUAGAAGUGAAUAUUCUCUGUAUUAAACCGAAUCACUACGUGAGCUCGGCUUAGAUGUUAUAGUGGGUCUACUCUGGUAUAAAUCGCAAACGGACGAAAUACCCAAUUCUAUCGCCGGGGGAUGGCAACUCGUUAAGUUACUGCUAAAUUAAAGACCCAUACUGAAAUGUCUUGACACUGGAGACGUAACACCAACGAUGCAUUAUCUGACUUUUUCGUAUCUAAUUCUCUAUGUAAGAAAAGUAACAAAAAUUAAUUUUUGCUGAAUGUAAAAUUUGCAUGAGGCUCAAGAGGUGUCUAACUAUCGAAGACGUACCGCCGGCCUGUCCCCAGCUUUAGGCUCGAGCGAGCUUCUCCACUUACACAAUGUGUUGGCGUUUAAACGAAUGCCAAAAGAAUGGAUGCACCCUGUGUUGGCUGAGCAUAAGACCGCACGCCAAUUUACUAUAUUGCUUGCGCCUAAAUGCAGCGCUUGACGGGAACGGCUAAAGUGGUCAAACGUCCGCUCUGGAAAAUUAUAGGAACGAACUACAUGCAUAUUUAUGCUGGCAGCCAGCAGUAUGAGGAUUAGACGAGUAAAAUGGACGUGCCGAUGAACCCAGCGCCACCUGCCAAUUGUCAACGUUCGAUCGGAACCUCUAACGCGUCAACAGGAACAUGUCGCCAGGAGGCCUUGGUGUCACAGAUAAAGGCUGCAACAACAUCAGCAGAGGUGGCACACACGGUUCAAGCAGCUCUCGAAGCGCCUGGGGUUCUCGUUUUCGGCGAACUGCUUGAUUUGCCAAGAGUGCAGCAGUUGGCCGGCACGGAAUACGCAAAAGACCUCGAGUUACUUAAACUUUUCGCCUAUGGAACCUUAAGGGACUACAAAGGUAAUGAGUCUGCAUAUCCACCUUUAACGGAAGCACAGCUAAGAAAGCUUCGUCAAUUGAGUGUCGCUUCGUUGGCUGCCCACUCCCGUUCAUUGCCCUAUGCUGAACUUAUGGAGGAACUCGGUCUAUCGUCUCGAAGGGAGCUGGAAGACCUCGUAAUUGAAGCGAUCUAUGCAGAAGUUGUCAAGGGGAAGCUUGAUCAAAGAAAUGCUUGCUUUCAGGUUGAUCAGGCGCUAGCCCGAGAUGUUUCCUGUGAUCUCUCAACUGUGAGUCGACUUCUGGCAGAUUGGUGCUCAGCGUGCGAAGCGGGCCUGGGUGCUGCGGAAAGGGCAGCUGAGCGUGCUGAUGGGGCAUGUCAACGACACCGCCAACGUAAAGUCGCUAUGGAAGAACGCGCCGAUGCCAUUCGGCAAAGUCAACAGGAUAGAAUGAGCCCAGAGGUGCUCCCUGGACCCAUUCCACUCUAGCCUUAGGGUCCUAGUCUUUGUAGAAGAAGACGUGUUUUAGCUGUAAAAUGUAGUUUAGUUUCCAUGCCAUCAGCACAUGCAAGAGAGCGGGCAGGCGCCAGCCUUUAUCUCUUCGAAGCGAUUUGUUCUAGACGUCUCUUUCACAAGACCCAGUCUCUUUAUAAGUAAUCGUUGGGAAAAUGAAUUGUAUUUAAAAGUCUUAAAUGGGAAUCGCGUAGAUAGUGUAGAACUGUUGUACACUUCUGAGAAUGCAGUGAUAAACGUGGGAGGCUGAUCGGAGACGGACUCCGUUAAAUAAUAAAAAGGAUUGGAAAACGUUAUGAUAAAGGCCUGAAGGCUACCUACUAUACUUCCCUUGACAAUAGGCGUAGCCCGACCGUAUAAAGGUAAACAUGCCAUUGAUCGAGAGGAAGGUAAAAAUUCUCUGUAAAAACAACAGGAAGAAGCUUAAGUUUCUAUGAUAAUGAUCCUAGCGCCCAUUUAAGUUAAUGGCAUAAGUAAUAAUUGGCAUUUUCAGCAGGAAAACGAUCUCUUUACUUGUUAAAUAUGAUGAAGUAAUUUGAAUGAAUUCAUUUGGAUAUAUUUUAAGUAAAAAUUUGGCGCUGAGGAAUAAAAGAUUAUGAAAAGUGGUUUGCUUCUUGUAUAAAACUACUACAUUGAAUAAUUUUUUUUGCUAUGGUUAUACAGUGGCUUUUUCUGUAUGUAAAAGUAGGAUAUGGAUAUACUAUGCAGCCGAAUCGUUCAAUUUAACGUGGAUUCAAUGAUUUACUGCAAAACGAAGGCAAUGGUCGUCUUUAAUCAUGCAGUUAACUUCACUAUUCAUUUUUGUCCAUCAUAUCUGGGAAUAUCUCAUUAGAUCUGACCUGUAUGCAGCCAUUGGAUUUUAUUGCUAAGUAUAUACAUAAUCAAUGUUCUUAUUGUAACUUUUAAUUCAUUAUUAUCAAAAUUUCGCAUCAUGGUA